UAAGGGGAAGUUGCGAGAAGAAAGAAAGGAGGAGACGUGACGGGAUUGUUGAAUUUAUUUUCUUGGUUCCCCAACAUCACCUCACCACAGUGUCCCGGGUUCCGUGUGUAAAUACUACAGCGGUGGUAUUUAAAGUUCAAAACAUCGUCUGGCUCUCAGCAGAAGUGCUGAUAGUGAGGCACACAGGACACCGGGGGAUCUGACUAGGUCAUGGCCAAUCGGGGAGGAGCUACGAGACCCAAUGGACCCAAUGCAGGGAACAAGAUCUGUCAGUUUAAGCUGGUGCUGUUGGGGGAGUCAGCUGUUGGCAAGUCCAGCUUAGUUCUCCGCUUCGUCAAGGGUCAGUUCCAUGAGUUCCAGGAGAGCACAAUAGGAGCGGCCUUUCUCACCCAGACAGUGUGCCUAGAUGACACAACGGUGAAGUUUGAAAUCUGGGACACUGCAGGCCAGGAGCGUUACCACAGUUUGGCACCCAUGUAUUACAGAGGAGCACAGGCCGCCAUCGUGGUCUACGACAUCACAAAUGAGGAGUCCUUUGCACGAGCAAAGAACUGGGUGAAAGAGCUGCAAAGACAAGCUAGCCCGAAUAUAGUCAUCGCACUGUCAGGCAACAAGGCUGACCUAGCCAACAAGAGAGCUGUCGACUUCCAGGACGCCCAGUCCUACGCAGAUGACAACAGCUUACUUUUCAUGGAGACGUCAGCCAAGACAUCUAUGAAUGUGAAUGAGAUAUUUAUGGCUAUUGCAAAGAGAUUGCCGAAGAGUGAGCCUCAAGCUGCAGGAGCCAGUAGCGGGCGGAACCGGGGAGUGGACCUGACAGAAGCUGCCCAGCCAGCCAAGGCUCCAUGCUGCAGUAACUAACGUCAAGAACCCCCCCCCCCGACCAAUCAACCUGUAUAGCAGUAACUAAUGUGGCCGAUGCCCCGAAUGCCACUACAGUUACUAAUGCGAUGUGUUGUACUCUUAUCUCCAAAUCCCUCAUUUGCAAAACAACAAAUAUACCCUGUGCCCCCCCCCCCCCCCCCCCCCCCCCCCCCCCCCCUCUUUCUUUUUGCAGUAACGAAGUCAAUGCCAUUACACUGAUCUCUCCAAAUGGCUCUGCCUCUUUUCCUCCAUGGUUCUGCUGCUACCUGAUUAAGCCUCCUAACCAUUCAGUCCUACUUUCUGCCAUCCAGCUUGUUACAUCUAUCAAUUAUUAUUGAUAGAUUAAUGAUAUUGCAGAUAUUAGAAACAUUAGUGCACACCCUGCCUUCCAUCAUCUUCCUUCAAAUAUGUAGAUAUGUUUCAUUUAGAGGAAGUGGUCACUUCCCUUUUCUGGGAUAGCUUAAGACGUUACUAUUGCAUUUGUAAUAACAGUUUUCUGUUUCAGUUCUUUUUUUAUUUUGAUAAUUUUGAUUAUUAUUUUUUGCUAUUUGUCAAAAUUGUGGAUGCACACACCUCUAUACUUACAUGGCCUAAAGUAGAAAAACAAAAAAACUGUGUUUUAUCUUUUGUCUGCAGUAGCACAGACAAAUCUAAGAAUGAGGAAAGGCGGAUGGCGGAGAGCAAGAGAGGAACUCUACACAUCUCUCUUGUCACUGGGACCCUUUUAUCUUAGAGUUUAAAAACACUCAUGAACUGUAGUCCUGUUUCCCUCUGCCUGCCCAUGUUGUGUCCCCCACUAAACCCAAAGUAGCACUAGUGUACAUUCUCUUCUACCACCCCCAAGGCUCCAUUCUGGGGCCAUGCCUGUUUCUAGCUGUCCCUAGUGGCAUUGUGCAAUGUUUCACAGUAUUUACUCUGUGAGUGUCUGCAAGGACCGAUGCAGCACAGCAAACCCUCUGUUCCACCCAACUUUCCCCACAAGAAGGCGCAGGGGUCUCUGAGGUACACGUCAGUGUCACCACCUCCCCAUCUCCUGAUGCAGUGUCCUUUCAUAAAUCUUGUGAAGACUAUUCCUUUGUUUAGGUCUCUUGGUUUCUGUCUUUGGAUGAUUAAGCUGAUGCCGAUGACCUUUUUCAUUGUGUUGAUGUUGCUGCACCGCUGCUGAGUUUGCUCCUGGUAGAAAGUGAAGGUGAUGGUAGUGAGUUGGGAGUGGAAAGAUGCAAGGCUGCUUCAUAAUCACCUUUGAAUCAUAAUUAUUUGUCAUCUUCUUUUGAUUAGGAAGUGCUUUAGACACAUUUGUGUGUCAGCAUGUACAAACUGAACACACAUUUGCACAUGAACACACACGACAUUGACUUCUUCCUUCCGAACCCUGUCAAACCUAAAUAUCAUUGUACAUAAGCGCACACAUAGACUGUUACACCCUCACCUAUGCACACACACACACACACACACACACACACACACACACACACACACACACACACACACACACACACAGUUACACGCGAUGACUACACAUUCAUAUACAUACAUUACAUCUGGUCAAUAACUCUUUUUACAGGUCUGUCUUACUCAUGCCUUGCACUAAUGAUGCUCAUGAAUAUAUCUUGUCAUAAUUACAGCCAGUGUGAUUUUAUAUAUAUAUAUAUAUAUAUAUAUAUAUAUAUAUAAAAAAUAUAAAUAUAUAAAUAAUAUACUGUAAAUAGGGUGUUGCAGUGUAGUCUACCUUUUUUUUUUUUUUCUCUCGAUUUACCAGUGACAGGACUAAUGCUUGCUAGGGAGUUGUCUAGAUAAUCAUAAAAAGAACUGUACAGUUAGUAGAAAAAAACAGCUACAAUCUGGGUUUGGAGUUUUGUUGCUGUUCCUUUUUUCCACACAAAUGGUUAAAUUAUAAUCAGUGGUGGUCUUUAUAAAUGUAUGUAGUGUUAUUAACAAAAAAUGAAACUGCCUUUAUUUAGUGGUCUGUCUUGUACAUUUUUUUCUCAAAAGAAAAAAAAAUAAUAUUCAAAGAGUUUGGUUUUCAAUUUUUUAACAUUAUCACUUUCUUGCACUUCACUUAUUCUUUUUUAAUGGUAUCGGGCUACGAGGCCUUGCGGAGUACUCAUCCCUGUAAGUAGACCUGAACUUCCAGAGAGACUAGUUGUAAAAGCUCUGGAGGAGUCAGACCCACUACAAAACAGUUUGAUUAACAGUUGGCCCCUCUAUAACAUCUCAAUAACCUUGUGAAGAUAUCAUAGGAACAGUAUAACAACUAUCAGCUGGCGCGAUGGUGAUUCGUGAAUAAAUGAAAUAACACAAAAUAAGUUGUAAAUUGUAUGUUUUUUUGCCGUGAACACUUAAUUACAGCUGAAAACAUUUAAAUGCAAGCAUUUUACAGUACUGUUAUGUAAUGACCAAAUAAAUACUGAAAUAAAUUUGA